UCUUGCAGCGACAUCCAGUCAACAGAGAUCAUGGAGCUCAUCACACCUUUCAAGGGCAUCUACUCCAUGUUCGAAAAGAUGAAGUUCAAUGAGCAGACCUGCCCUCACAUUCUGGAGAGACUCAAAGCCCUGGAGAAUCUGGCUCUUUUCAUCCUACAGAAGGAGUCGGAGCAACUCUCCGAGGACCUGAACGAAGCGCUGGGGAAACUCAAAAAGGUUCUGCUGUCAGCUGAUGAGCUCAUCCAGAAAUUCACCGAAUCCUUAGCGGUGACUCGGGUGGUGAAAUCCAGCGACUACAAAUUAGAGUUUGAAACCCUGAACAAAAGCCUCACUGAUGCCUUCGUGACCCUCUCAGCGGCCCUGCAUGCCCAACAGGGGAAGAUGCUGGACAAGCAAGAGACACAGCUUACUGAGCAGGAGAGCAUGCUCAAUGAGCUGAAGAUCAUGCUCAGUGAGCAGAAGGUCAUGUUGAAAUGGCAGAAGAAGAAGAUGACCGAGACUGGGAGGAAGCUCGCAGAGCAGGAUAGGAAGAUGGCGGAGCAGGAUCGGAAAAUGGCGGGGCAAGAUAGGAAGUUUGCAGGGCACGAGAGGAAGUUGGGCAAGCAGGAGGACAUGUUGCAAAGAGUGGAUACAAAGUUAGUGUGUGAGAGUAGAGGAAACUGCCCUAUUCUGUAAUGAAGGAGCAUCAGAGUCAGUUGUACAAAAUGGAAGGAAAUUGCAAGGUUUAGGUUCUUUAAUGAUAUUAUCAUGUUUAGAAGUAGACCCAAGAGCAAAAAACGUGACUAACCAGUGUUGUAACAACAGAAGAAAACUGAAAGAGGAGUGCUCUGUAACAAGCAGGUUAUUUUGUUGGAGUUUUAUAGAAAGGAAGGAUACUUUUUGAUCAUGGGUCUCAAUGUUUUACAGGCAGGGUUGCCAAAUUAAGUUUUAUAUUAAACUGGACCUGCCAUAAAAUGUAAUGCCAUGUAUAAACGAUGAUGUUUGACACUAAGAUAGUAAAAUGAUAAAACGUAGCCGUAGUUAACUGCUGUU